AUGCCAGGCCAGCCUCAAUGGACCGGACCCCCACCUCAACCAGUGAGUCUGUCCGUCCGUCCAUCUCUCUCUCUCGCUCAUCUGUUCAAUAUCAAUGGUUGGUAUGGUUAUUGUUAGGAAACCCUCGUAGUCCCCCUGUCGGGUCUGAAACUCCUCAGAAGAAGAAACAAGGAAGAUAAAGUGUGUGACAGAGUUGUUUUGUUGUGGUUUGUUUCAGGUCUUCAACGCAGGCUACCCCCCUCAGGACCCUAUGUACCCCCCCCAGGACCCUAUGUACCCCCCUGCCCAGCCCCCACAGUCGAAUGGCCCGCCGCCCAACCAGCCACAGUACAAUCCUGGUGCUCCUCCGAUGGUAGGCAUUUAUACUCUUCUCUACUUUCCUCUACUGGAUUAGCCGGCUGAGGAUGUGGCGGUUCUUGCUAACCUCAUCGUUGUGGCGGCGGACAGCUAGCCUGUAUCCCUCAUCCAGUUGAGUGGCAAUGUUCACUCUCCCCAAAGCAGACAAUCUCAAACAGCUAUCCAUGUGGGUCUUUGACAGCUCAUGUUUCUUAAUCUUUUCUGAAAGAUGGUGCAUGUCCGUUACACCAGUCGCUGUCCAAGCGGUGCUGUCUGCCGUGCCGCCUUCAGGGUGAAAGAGUAAGCAGGGUAGCAGAAGACUGCAUUAGCUACAUCGCAGCCUGCUAGCCAGGUUUUUCGUUCAUACCAAUUUUUGGAAAAUCCUCGGGUGUAGGACUUUCCCCCUUUAGUAGAAACCUGUUGAAUUAUUAAAUUUGGUCUGGGAGGUCCUAAUUGUUUCAUUGCCAAUUUAUCUUGAUUUGUUCGCCGACAAAAAGGAACUUCUUUCAAAGAGACAAUCGAGUUGCACUGAACGCUAGCCAUCUUGACCGUAAAAAGCCAACCAUACCUUGGCUCCUCUGACCACUAACAUAGAGUGGGCAAGCCCAACCAGUACCUGUGCCUCUGACCACUUGACCUGUGGCUCCUCUGACCACUAACAGUAAGUGGGCAGCCAACCAGUACCCUGGCUCCUCUGACCACUAACAGUAGAGUGGGCAGCCCAACCAGUACCCUGUGGUUCCUCUGACCACUAACAGUAGAGUGGGCAGCCCAACCAGUACCCUGUGGCUCCCUGACCACUAACAGCGAGUGGGCAGCCAACAGUACCCUGUGGCUCCUCUGACCACUACAGUAGAGUGGGCAGCCCAACCAGUAACCCUGUGGCUCCUCUGACCACUAACAGUAACAGCAGAGUGGGCAGCCCAACCAGUACCCCUGUGGCUCCUCUGACCACUAACAGCAGACGUGGGCAGCCCAACCAGUACCCUGUGACUCCUCUGACCACUAACCGAGUGGGCAGCCCAACCCGUACCUUGGGCUCCUCUGACCACUAACAGUAGAGUGGGCAGCCCAACCAGUACCCUGUGGUUCCUCUGACCACUAACAGUAGAGUGGGCAGCCCAACCAGUACCCUGUGGCUCCUCUGACCACUAACAGUAGAGUGGGCCGCCCAACCAGUACCCUGUGGCUCCUCUGACCACUAACAGUAGAGUGGGCAGCCCAACCAGUACCCUGUGGCUCCUCUGACCACUAACAGUAGAGUGGGCAGCCCAACCAGUACCCUGUGGCUCCUCUGACCACUAACAGUAGAGUGGGCAGCCCAACCAGUACCCUGUGACUCUGAUGUUAUACCUCUACUCUACUUAACUGUUGCAUAGUAUCUCUUCUCACUCCACCACUUCACUCUUUUCCUCUGGUUUUGAACCUUCUCAUCUCAGAAUGUAGUUAGUGUGUGUGUGUGUUUGAGCAAGCUUGCGUAACUGUGUGUGUGUUUCAGGGGUAUGCUCCGGUGAUGUACAGCGCCCCCUCAGGGAAGGUGGAGAUAAAGAUGGAGAACAUGUCUCCUGCUGAUCCCCUCCUUGCCCAUCCACCACCCCAGGUCAGUCCUCAAUCACACUCUGACACACACAACCUCUCACAUACACAUACACCCUCUCUGACAUUGUCGUCCUCAACCCCCUCCCCCUCCCCAGGCCUCGUCGCCCUUCGCGCCCGCCUACCAGUUCAACAUCGACACAGGAAAGAACGCCACCACCAACUUCCUGUAG